UCUGAUUGGUUGGAUUCAGCGUUGCUGCUGAUGUGGUCUUCUGAAGUUAGCCUCGCUCUCGCUCCGUUUUCGACGACGAAUCAUUUUACUCAUUUAACUUCAUUAAAAAUACACCUAAAAUAAUGCCUUACUUUCGAACUUGGGAGGACUUUGCCCGCGCGGCCGAAAAACUGUAUCUGACGGACCCCAUGAAGGCCAGAGUGGUGCUCAAGUACAGACACUGCGACGGCAACCUUUGCAUUAAAGUCACCGACAACGCUGUGUGUUUGCAGUACAAGACGGACCAGGCCCAGGACGUGAAGAAGAUCGAGAAGCUCCACGGGAAACUGAUGAGGCUCAUGGUGUCCAAGGAGACGCACAGUGGCGCUAUGGAGACGGACUGAAGUGGUCUUGAACGAGCGCGGGGAGGACUGGAGCGGAGGUGCACAGAAGUGGGAUUGAGGGCCAGGGAAGAUGUAAAGAAGCUGCAUCGGGAGUGGAAUGCUUUAACACAGUCAAGAGAUGCGGUAUUUCUAUUCUUCAUUCUCAGCAUUUUUUUGUUUCGAUCCUGUUUGACAUCACGUCUCUGAUUGAGUUAAUUCAUCAGCACAAGCGCCGAGGGAAGAUGGACAAACGUGCCGCUGUUUUUCUUUAAAAGACCUCCAUUUUUUUUCAUGUUGAUGUGAGCUGAAGUACUUCUUGUACUGCUCUGGACAUCUUCUACAUAACUUGAAGCAGGACCUUCUAACAGCUUCACUACUUAAUAAAUAUUUACUCCGCUA